GAUGAAUAUGGAUCAACUGAUUGCAAUAUCACGGAACCUCCUGAUAUGCCGUGCCUAUUUUUGUUUCGGCUUCCAUGUCGUAAUAAAUCAAUUUCCAUUUCUUGUUUUCAGUACAUCAUCGAAGCUAAAUGUACAGACGAUGUGCUAUUUAUCAGUGCCGCAAUUUUCGGAGCAGUUGUUCUCAUACUUCAAACAUUCCCUAUUUUUAUGAAUAAUUGGGUUUUUUUAACUGAACCACGUCCGAUCAAUAAAACGAACGAAAACGGAGAGCAAAUUGAGAGCACAUUUCAUUACAAUGUUGGCUACUUUCAAGUGUGCCGAACGUAUAAGAGCAAUGAAAGUGGCAUCGUGUACAAUGAUUAUGAGAUCACUAGUACGUUGUUGAAGAAUAUGCUGUAUGUUCCCUUUCAAGUAUGCAUCAUCAUCGCUUUAGCUGCACAAAUUACGAUAGCGCUUUUGCACGUGACAUCUGUGCCAAGGCAACCGGAAGUCUUUCGAAAAAUCGUCGCAGCCUGUACAAUACGAGUACAAGGUAUGGGCGCCAAAAUUCGAAUUUGGAUGGAGCCGAUUCAACCUAUUAUUUUCACUUCAGUCGCUAUCGACUAG